GCAAUUGUGUGUUGUGUGGUUGACGUCAGGGGGUUAUUUGUGACAGCCAGGCCCCGAGUUAGGGGCAUUUACACUGUCAACCGCAGCUAGGGAAAGGCAGACAGAUAGACAGAGAGAGACAGAAGCAGAGAGACAGAGAGAGAGAGAGAGAGAGACGAGGAACCGGAGGCAAGACCUGGCCAAAGCAACUAUCGGAACCAGCAGCUGCAGACACCGACUCCUUCAGUAUGGAUAUCCUGGCGGUGCUGAAUCUGAGCGAACUCGCUCUUUACUUUUCUAAGAUGUCCAUGUUCCCGCUGUUUGAUCUGGCUUAUUACAUCGUGUCAAUUCUCUACCUGAAAUACGAACCAGGAUCAGUGGAUGUGUCCCGUCGUAAUCCAAUUGCCUCAUGGCUGUGCGCGAUGCUUUACUGUUUUGCCAGUUACAUAAUGGCCGAUGUACUGCUUGGAGAAUCACCUCUCCAUUAUUUUAACAACACUUCUCACAUCUUACUGGCGACAGCUGUUUGGUAUCUCAUCUUUUACUGCCCAUUGAACCUUUUCUACAAAUGUGUGGCCUUCAUGCCCGUGAAGUUGGUCCUCACAGCUAUGAAGGAGGUGGUACGGGUGCGCAAAAUUAGUGUGGGCGUUAUCCAUGCUCACCACGCGUAUCACCAUGGAUGGAUCAUCAUGGCUUUGGUUGGAUGGGCCAAAGGUGCGGGAGUUGCAUUGAUCUCCAACUUUGAGCAGCUAAUUCGCGGUGUCUGGAAACCAGAAACAAAUGAGUUUCUCAGCAUGUCCUUCCCGACAAAAGCUAGUCUUGUUGGAGCUGUUAUCUUCACCCUACAGCAAGCCCGUUGGCUGCCCAUAUCCAAACACAACGUUGUCUUCCUGUUUACUAUGUUCAUGGUUGUUACGAAGGUAUUCAUGACAGCAACACACUCCCAUGGAUCACCUUUUGCUCCGAUUGAAGCUUUUAUCUGCCCCAUUGUCUUUGGGAAUACCUGCAGUACCCACGAUGAUCAUGACCGUGUCUGUUCUCGUGAUAAUAUGCACAGCUGCCCCCCUUGCAAUCUGUCUCCCUACGUGGCCAAGACAAAGGAGGAACUUAAUGAAGGCACAAGGAAGAAGAAGAGCAAAAAGAUCGAAUAAGUAGUGUAACUCCCAAGACAGUUAUCAAAGCGUGCUGAAGGUGCAAUUUCUGGGACUUAGUGUGAUCUGGAAACUGUUACUAUGAGGAAAAUCAACAUAAUUGUACUCAUACAGUCUACUAGGGUUUGCGUUUGAGCUUGUCUGUCUCAUUAAAUGGAAAGAAAAAUGUGAACGAAUGGUACUUAGCCUGUCCUUCCCAGGAACGUCUAUCCUGGAACUGAGAAAGAAUAUGUUUCCCAGUUUCACGUCCCACCUAGAAAAGACAGACAGCUUUAAUACAGGUAGCAAUUUGCCAUUGUCUCUUAAGGCCAUGUGGAUAUAGAAGGGGAAGCAAAUGGAAAUAUUCAUUCUGAAUAGUCUGCCAAGAGUGUUGUAGGAACUUUAUAAAGAUAAAUGCCUUAUUUGCAUCCAGUUAACAUUGCGCCAGGUCAGAGAGGGUUUCAUUUUGUCGCUGUAUUGCCAAAGUCAAAAUGGAUUCCUGUUUUCCAGCAUUGUUACCUAAAAGUUUUUGGACUGAAGCAGCAAACUAUAGGUAUAAUAAAUCCCUGCUGGUGGUGAUGUGGAAUAGCCUCUGAUAAUUAGUAGCUGCAUUGUUCUCAUCCAGACUCACAGAGGGAAAGACAGCCAUUGAAUUGAUGCUGGUACAGACAGUGGAAAUAUGACAAGCAGCUAGAAGUAAACAGCUUAAAGUUUCUAUUAAUGAUACAGAGGAAUGAGAUAUGCAUGUUUUAAGCAUUAGUCCAUUGACGUAUAUGAAUAACAGGUGAACUAUACCACAGAUAUUUGAAGCGUUACACAAGGAAAUUUCAAAAUUUCUGUCCAAAAUUAGGUCAUUGUGUCAUUUUUAAGUGAAAUCCAUUCUGCCUCUAUGAUAGAAUUUCCUCAUUCAUUACGCACACACACCCAUCAUUUUCAGGUAAAUGUAGAAAGUAUUUUGUUGUUGCCAAAAAUACAAUGUACGGAACUGUACUAUACUUGUGGUCUUCCAAAUGACUUAAUAUAAUAAAGAUUAAAUAUAAGCU